AACAUAGUUAGAGAGUGGAAAAGGUCAAAUAGGUAACAUUUUGACAUUUUACCUUGGUGCCAAUGGCUCAAUACUCAAGUUCUGACAAAGUUACCUUGUUGACAUGUUCAUAUUGCUUAAAAUUGCAAAGUGGCUUUGUUAGAAGUGUUUGUGUUCCUCAAAAGGGUAAAGUAGCUUUUUUGGUGCAACAAAGUAGCUUUUUUGAACUGUUCUUAUUGCUAAAUGUACAAAGUACCCUUGUUGGUGCGUGCACCAACAAAGUAGCUUUGUUGAAGUGUUCUUGUUGCUAAAAUCACAAAGUACCUUUGCGCGCACCAACAAAGGUACUUGAUAUUUGAUAUAGUUGAAAAUAAGGCACUAAAGUACCUUUGGCUUUGCACCUUUAGGUUGUGAAAUCCUCAACAUUGUUGUGAAAAGUUUUGUGAAAGUUAACAUCGCUUUUCUAGAUUUAAUGUCGUUCUCUUAUUCCACACAAUACAGUGUUUUAUGAUCGUACACUGAAACAAACAAUUAUUCUCUAUCUAUUUGCAAGAAAAUGAUCUUGACAUGAAGUAUUUUUGCCUAAAAAAUCAAUAUAAAAAUGUCCUAUACUCACCAUACCUAUUUAUAGUGUUCAUUUUGGAGGAUGUUACCCUUAACCGGAAAAAAACAACUUGGCCUUAUGAGGAUCAUCAUUAAAAAACACACAAUAAUUUUGCAUCAUGAAAUUAUAUGCAUAAGUUUAAUAGCUAAAGAUGCAGUAUUAUACCGGUAAUCAAACUUGAAGAUUUCUAUACCCCGGUAAUUUUUUGCAAUGUACUUCCUGUUUCAUAUCUCUAUCAAGCUUUUUAUCUGCACCAAAAGUUUUAAGAUUAAAUCUCUUGAAGAAAAGUUGUUUGUUACAAAUAGACGGUUUUAAAGAUAUCUCUCUCUUCAAUGUUGUGUUAAUUUAAAACCAUAUUGAUUUAAAUACAGGAACUCACAGAAAUUUUGCAUCAUACACAUGUAUAUUUAGUGCUUAAAAAUGGCGAUGAAAAUGAACCAAGUGCAGGAUGACAUUGUUCGCAGAGUGAUUGGACUACUGGCAUCACAACCUAACAACGUGAUAGGAUUGGCAGAUUUGCAUGCUUACUUCAAAUCAGUCAUGAAGAAAAAACAACUUGAACUACUUCUAAGAAACUAUGCCGAUCAGUUUGAGUUGUUUGAAGAUGGAGUUUUAUUUGUCCGUCUUGUUAUCAAAGUUACGUUAUGUGAAAUGCAUUGUUCAAAACAGACUUGUCCCGGAAAAAUCCCAUCCUGCACAGGCUUACAUGUUUGUAAGUUUUUUAUUUUAUCUGGAAACUGCAAAUUCAGUUCUUGUCAUUUUGGUCACGACUUAACAACUUCUCACAACAUGGAAGUUUUGAGAGAACACUUACUGGAUCAGUUACCAAUGUCUCUUGUAAAAGAUCUCCUGAAACAUUCCGACACCCGAAAUGCUGCAACCAUUCCAAAGAUCUGUAAGUUUUACAACGUGGGGGUAGGAUGUAGGAAUGAUGAAGCCGGAAAACCAUGCCCACAUCUGCAUGUAUGUAAACACUACCUUACAGGCACUUGUAGGUUCGGAAAACACUGCAGGAGAAGCCAUAACAUCCUUGAAGGUACAGUAAGGAGUAUCUUGGAGAAGCAUGGAAUUAGUACAAAAAGAACGCCAAAGGAGUUGUUAGCGGAACUCAGAGAAAUAAUGCAGUCAGAUGACGGGAGUGACUGGGGGAGUGUUGAAUCUGCUCCUGAACCGAUGUUUGCAAGAGGCAGGCCACCGCCAGGCAAACUGAUACGAGCGAUGUCAGACAUGACUAUUCAGGACAGUGGGGGCGUGGCCACUUCUAGGAGACCACCAAUGUCUCCUGCAUAUAUUGGCGGAGCCGCAGCUGUCACGCCUGGGAGACGAACCCCAAGGUCUGCGACUCCAAAGACACCAACCAGAACCAUACGAUCUCCGAGUCCAGGGAUGCCUUUAAAUUUCCGUAGGGGUAGCCCGAGUCCUGUUGGCAGAAUGAGGCAGCCGAAAUCAGAUAAGGUGUCAGAAUCUGCAGCAGACAACAUUCUUAACAAGAAGAUAUGUAUUUACCACUUGAAGAGUCGAUGCUCGUACGGGGCACAAUGUUUCAAUUACCACUGUGAAUUACCGUACCAGUGGAUUUACCGAUUUGAUGACAGUGCUAAUUGGGAAACAGUUGAACCCGAGGAAAACAUUUGUAUGGAACUGCAAUAUGUUGAUCCAGCCAACGAUGAAUACUUUCUGUUUAUUGAUGGCGUGUCAGUGCAACUUAAGUUCAAGACCAUGAAAGCACAGGGUGGAGACAAGCACCUGACAUUCUUUCGGUUGUCAACGGAGACAUCGGCCAUUUUGGAUACACAGCCCCUAGCAACCAGUUGGGAGUGGUUUUGGAAGGGACAGAUGGGGGAUUGGAAGAAAUAUGGUGAUGAUGCAGAUGGAUACCAUUCCACAAUCUCAAGCCAGGACCUAGAACAAGCUUACAUCUCAAACCCCGAUGGUCAGCUUAAGUUUAGUACUCAAGGCCAUGAGUAUAUACUAGACUUUGUAAAAAUGGUGCAGUGUAACCUUCACUAUAAAACGGAGCGAGAAGUAACUAGACGACCAAAAUUCAUUUCAAAACAUGAGUUUGAAAUGCGCAAGAAACAACAAGUAAUACAGAAGUCUGCAGGAGCUGCUACAUCAGAGUUUGUCCCUGUCGCUCCGCCACACUGGAAUCUGAGACCAACCGAUGAACUGUUGAGCCAUUGUAGGCUCGUUCUUCUAGAUGAGCGGAAACCAAGUAUGAAGACCGAGUACAAUAAGAUUGAAAACAUGUUUUCUGCGACCAUGCCUAGUACGGUGACCAUUGUGUCGAUCUCCAGGGUGGAAAAUGGUGACCUUUGGCAUAACUAUCUGAGUAAAAAAGCUAAACUGAAGAAGCGGAACAAGGGCGUAGAUGUGGAGGAGAGACAACUCUUCCACGGCACCAAGAACGACACUAUGGAAGCCAUCUACAGACAAGGGUUUGACUUCAGGUUGAGUGGAACUGCUUCAGGUACAGCUCAUGGAAAAGGCAGCUACUUCGCAACCACUGCCAAGUACUCUGACUGCUACACAGACAGACAGAGGGGAACCAUGGUGAUGUUCAUUGCUAAGGUACUAGUUGGAGAUUACACAAAGGGAGAUAAAUCAUACACUAGACCCCCACAGAAAGACCCCCGUGAUCUGUCGAGUCCUUUGUACGACUCUUGCGUAGAUAGUGUUACAGAUCCAAAGAUUUUUGUUAUCUUCGAACUGGGUCAGGUGUACCCAGAAUACUUGAUAAAAUACAAGUAUGAUUUCUGAGUGAAACAAAAAAAUCAUUUUUUACUGAAGUAUUUUCAGUAUUAAUUUCAUUUUUACAACAUAUUUUAUCGCAAAUUAGAAUGUCGAUGUUGUUUAACAGGAUUAAUUUUUGAAUAUUCGACUACUGGGCUUGUCCCUGUAUUUUUCAUUGUUUAUUUUUUCAUACUUUUUGUUUCGUCAAUCAGUUGUAGAGUGUGUGUCUAUGUUUUGUUGACUUUUUGUUAAGAUUUUAGUAGAACUUUAUAUUAUAUAUGAGUUAUAUUUGAAUACAUUUGAGUGGCAACAAGCAGAAAUUGAUGUAAUUUUCUAGCCAAGGUGUGCUAGAAAAAAAAUCAAUCAUGUGUUUCCGUUCCUGAUGGAAAAAUCCAACCCUUGGUCACGCUUCGUGGCCGGUAAAUCGGCAAGCCUCGUUACCUGCCAACGCAGGUGCCCUCGGGUCGGAUUUUUCUAUCAGGAACGGGAACACAUGACAGAUAUUAUUAAUAAAUAAUUGAUAUGACAUUAUAGUUUCAUUUGGCAGAAAAUAGAUUGAGGAAUGCUCAUAUUGUGAUAUGUAUGUCAUGUGCCUUCCAAGAAUAUUUACAUUUAUUACAUACUCUCCGGUCAUUUAUAGAGAUUAAAUCAGUGAAAUAAGAAUUCAUAUAAUAAAUUAGAUUAUAUGAUUAACUCGAAAAAAAAAUUGAAUUAACAAUUUGAUAUUCUUCACUGCUUUGAAAAUUUAAGCUAUCAACUCAAAAUCAACUGUCAGCGAAUAAGGUUUAGACACAAUUUCAGCCAUGUCAUAAAUUAUCUGAAAUGACAUUGUUUGCAUACAAUUUGGAGUGUUUUUCUGCAAAAACACUUAAAGUCUAUUAAAUGUUAUUUGCUAGCCUAUUCAGGCAUGUAAUAUUGAAGAAUUGUAGGUUUCAGUGUAAGAUCGUAAUGUAUUUCAUCUCAUGAUCACUGAAAAGAAAUCUUAAUAAUUUGCUUUCCGGUGGUUCAUAGGAUUUAUCAGUGAAAUAAAAAGUGACAUUUCACCGAAAAAACAUUUUGAUAUUUUCCACUGUUUUGAAAAUUUAGCCAGCUGUCAAUUCCAAAUCAAACAUCAGCAGUCACUCGGCUGUGAAACGAAAAGACGUUAUGAUCGCAUAUAAUUUGGAGAAAUGUAAGAUGUAUUUAUGCUUGUUGCUGUUCAAUUAUUUAUGGUAGCUUAGCAUUUCCUUUAUAAUAUCUAAAUGUGCAAUAUUUAUAAGUAGGUAUACAAAUGGCACUGAAUGUAUCAUUGAUAGAGACGCAUUAUUAAAUGCCAGGUAUAUCAGUAAUGAAAUGAAUGUAUUCAAAGGAUUUAGGUAUAGUUUGUUUUUAAAGCCAGGUAUACAAACAUCCAUUCAGAUGUUCAGAUGGUGGAAGGACAGGGUAGAAAUGACCUAACUCCUCCUCAAAAUUAAGAUAGAUACUUUCUCGGAGGUGAUCAACUAAAGUUUGAUUCCACAACCUAUUUUGACGAGAAAAAAAAUCCUGAUAGUGCAGGUGCUUGUUUCCGCAUGUGCAUGUUCAUUAAAUGAAUCAGUUGAAUUAAGUAUAAGUAUAAGGGAAAUGGAUAUUAAAUGAUUUUAAUGUGUUUAUCAAUGAUUUGUUUUAAGCUAUAGUACAUGACACUAUGUAAAUCAUUGAUUCUGUCAUAUUGCAAAAUACCAGGUAUGUAAAUUACACCAUCUAAAUCAUUGAUUCUGUCGUAUUUCAAAGUACCAGGUAUGCAAAUAACCUCAUGUAUAUAAUGUUUCUGUCAUAUUGUUCAAUACUAUUUGUUGACUUCAUACAUAUUUUUCAACUAUUUGUUUGAUUUAUUUUUAUUUUUAUACCAAAACAUUGGGUGAUUGUUGUCAUUGUUGUUUUUGAUGUUCCUAAUAUGAUAUUGCCACUGCCUUGGUGUUGGGGUCUGCAGCGUUGUGCAAAAACUUGGCCAUUGGUCAUUACUAAACACCCUUUUGAGAAAAAAUAAACUUGGUAUACAUGCAUGUUGCCGGAGAAAAUAAAGGCACAUGUACAGCUAUGCCAAUAACUGUGGCAUUGAAAGUUGUUGAGUAAUGUAUUUUUACCUAAAAAUCACAGAUGAGUAUUGGUGUUCGAUCUUCAGCGCUUCUCUUUGAUAUUUUUAUUGUGUUUGUGAAACGUAGCUUAAUAUAACAUACUGUAUGUUUCACUCUGUCUUAUGAAUUUGUUAUUAUUUAUUAUUUCAAGUGCCUAUGUACUAAUCAGUGCUCUUAGCAGUUUUAUUUUAUUUUGUAGUCAUAUCAUAACUGCAUAGAUAUUGAUCAUGAAAUGUGUUAGUUUUAAGGUGCAUUCCACAGUGCUGAAGUGGGUGGGAAAGGCCAAAAAAUUAAACCUCCUUCAAAAGUUCUGUUUAUUUUUGAAGAACACCUUUUUUAAGAGAAAAACAUUCAUCAUUUGCAACAUAGUGAGGAGCCAACAAUUUUUUAUCAAAAUCUUUUGGCUUUUAGCCUUACAAUAUAAAUGUAAAUAUAGUUUGUGUCGAAAUGCUGCAGUGGUUUCUUGACUGAUAUAUUUCCACUAAAUGAACUAUAUUUAUUAAAAUAGUGAAUUGAGUUCAUGUCCUGGUUUCAAAAAUGCAAAUUUGUUUUUUUUUCUAAAUAUCAGAAAUCACCACACAGUCACAAUUUAAAAUGUGAUAAAAUAUUCUUUCAUAAAACUUGCCCAACUUCUUAUUCCACCCACUAAUUUUUUGAAGGAUAUAUGUAUUAUGUUUGCUAAAUGUUGAACCUUAAAACUAAAUAAAACAUUCGAUUUUGAAACAUUCCAUGUUUUGGGCCUUCAAACCAAAUGUUUUGCUGUUGACGGCCUAAGUGCCAGCUAAAUAUUUUCUCAGUGUUUCAAUUUCAAUUGCCAUUGUGUCUUAUUUACUUUUUCAUGUGCCAUUUUGUUGUUGAUUGUAUAGACUUUUAUUUUUAGGUAGAUGAAUUAAGAUAACAAUAUCAUGAACAAUUAUGCUCAAACCUGGUUUUUAGCUUAUAGCUUAUAUUUAUGUUUAUAAGAUUUUAAUACAUUAAACGGAUUGGGGUUUAAGCUCACCUGAGCACAAAAUGCUCACCUUCAGCUUUUAUGAUACGGUGAUUGUCCAUCCUCUUUUGUCAGCUCUUUCCUCCAAACAAGUUCUCCUCAUAAGCUUAUGAGACAAUUUCAACCAAACUUUACAGGAAUGCUUCUUAGGUGCUCCUCCUCAAUUAAAGUGGUUUCAUGCUGAACUCUGGUUGCCAUGGCAACUGAAAGGAGAAAAAAACUUUAAAAAUCUUCUCAGAAACUGCUUACCCGAUUUCUAAAUAAUUUCACAGGAAUGUUCUUUAGGUGACAGGGGGCAUAUCUCGUACACUAUUAGUGGUAUCAACUUGACUUUUCAUAUGUAGAUAGAUCUCAUUGAGGGCAAGUGCAAUGCACAAUUACAGUAACUCUUACGUCCAUAUUUUUAUAGUUAUUGCCCUUUGUUAAUUUCCAUGCUUAAAGUUUUGUCCGGAGCAUAUCUUGUAGAAUAUAGCAGUUAUCAAAUUGAAACUUCAUAUGUAGAUAGAUCUCAUGGAGGGCAAGUGCAGUGCACAUUAACAGUAACUCUUGCUAUGUUAGUAAUAGAGUAAUUGCACUUUGUUAAUUUUCAUGCUGAAAUUUUUGCGCAGGCAAAUCUUGAAGAAUAUAAGAGGUAUUAACUUGAAUCUUCAUAGCUAGAUAGCUCUCAUUGAGGGCAAGUGCAGUGCACAAGAACCGUAACGCUUUCAUCUAUAUGUUGAGAGUUAUUGCCCUUUGUUUAUGUUCAAGCUUAAUUUUGAUAGGGGCAUAUAUCGUAAACUAUCAGAGGUAUCAACCUGAAACUUGAUAGGUAGAUAGAUCUCAUUGAGGGCAAGUGCAAUGCACAAGAACCGUAACUCUUGCUUCCAUAUUUUUAGAGUUAUUGCCCUUUGUUAAUUUUCGUUGUUAUUUUUGUCUAGCUUGACGUUGUUACCUUCAGUUCAAAUGCCACCUACACUUGAAAGUUAUAUGGCAACAUCAUUGUCUAUAAAUGAAUAAAAUGCCAAUCUAACAGCUAUGAUGUCGACAGUAAAUAAUUCGUCAGACGACACAUCCCACUCGCGGAGUUCUAGUCGUUAUAAUAUAUCUAUAUGGGAAACUUAUAUAAAUAUUCUAUUAAGAAACUAUUGGCCUGAUUUUAGAAUAAUUUAACAUAUUGUUCCCAAGGUGACUCUCUGUCAAAUUCAAAAGAGGUGUUAUAUUGCUUUGCACAUAUCAGGCGGUCGGUCCUUCGGUACACCAAAGCAUGCCCGAGUGAUAACUCGACAAUUUCUGGACCUAUUGUCAUCAAUCUUGACAUGAAGGUUGGGCCUGACCAGUAGGUGAUCCCUAUUGAUUUAGGGGAUCAUGGGGUCAAAGGUCAAUGUCAAAUUGACCUUGAAUGCUAAAAGGUUGUCCGAGUGAUAACUCGACCAUGCCUGCACCCAGGGCCCUCAAACUUGACAUGGACAUUGGGCCUAACCAGUAGAUGACCCUUGUUUAUUUUAUGGGUCAAAGGUCUAUGUCACAGUGACAUUGAAUGCAAACUCGACAAUUCCUAGACAUAUGACCCUCAAACUUGACUUGGAGGUCGGGCCUGGCCAGAAGAUAACCCCUAUUGAUUUAAGGAGUCAUCAGGUUAAGGUCACAGUGACCUUGAAUGUGAAAAGGUUGACAAAGCUUCUUCAAUAGAUAACUCAACAAUGCCUGGACCUAUGGUCAUCAAACAUUACAAAGAGGCUGGGCCUGACCAGCAGAUGACCACUAUUGAUUUAGGGGUCAAAGGUCACAGUGACCUUGAAUGCGAACAGGUUGUCUGCUUGAUAUCUGACAAUGCCUGCAUUCAUGGUCCUAAAACUUGACAUUUAGGUUGGGGGUGAGUCCUAAGGAUUUUGAGGUCAUUGUUUUCUGCAAAUAUCAGUCGUCAUCUGAACAUGAAUAUAAAAUGCUGAACAUAAUUAAAAACUGUAGUACUAUCCUCACACUUCGAAUGGUCAUACUCUUAAAACUGCCUUAAAGGCAUCUGAGGCCUAAAGGCGGGUGGCUUUUUGAUUGGGCGGCUUUCAGUAUGUUGUCCGAUCUAUAACCUUAGAACUCUUUAUCCAAUCGGAUGAGCGAUAUAGGACUAUCUUGGCCCUUUUGUUUGUUUGAUGUUUUUUCAUGUAUGUUGAUUAUUUACCACAAUUAUGGCUAAAGUAAAGCAAAUAUAUCAAUGUGAUUAUUUUAAUGUUGAUUUGUGACACAACUAGUGUUUUUUAUCCUUGAUGAUCCCGUAUAAUUGUUUGAGAAUCGUUUAUCAUAGCAUUUUUGUAUUGUUCUCCACAUACAUUCCUUGUGUUGUUGUGCCUAUCACAAUUUCGUUCAAUUAGAAUCAAAGCAAACAAAAAAACAUGAGUAUGAUUUAUCUGCUUAGACAAAGAGAUACAAAUUAUUAUGAACAUGAUAAAAUCAUAUUUAUAACUAAAUUGUGGCAUGACAUAAAAUACUGUAUUGGCAAAGGUCGCUAGCAGUACACUUUAUUUGCUAAUGUCACUAGCAGUACAUUUAAUUGGCUAGAGUUACUCUACUAGCAGUUCACUUUAUUGGCAUAUGUCACUAGUAGUUCACUUUAUAGGUUUUAAUUGUUUGGCUACAUUCAAUAGCAGUACACUAUUUGGCUUAUACAGUGAUGAUAAAAAUGGUCACUUUUUUAUAUUGAAUUGCUUUUUAAGUAAAACAAAUAAAUUUAAGCUUUUAAGCAUUUAAUUGUAAUUGCCAUAGAAACUAGUUUUUGAAUCUAUGAGGUUCUUCUUUGUUAAUGAGUUGAAAAUAAUGUUUAUAUACUGUUUUUAUUGUAGGCGGUAGUGGCUAUUGAGUGUUAUAUUUUUUUUAAAAUUUGAACUUGUUGUUAAUGCUUUGGAAGUGAAAAUAAAAUAUAAACAUUGA